AUGACUGACCUCCCGGCUCACGCCUCACCGAAAUUGCCCCCGCAUUCCCCCCCACUAUCGAACAAACCAGAGGGCUUGUUAGACGAUGCAAGUCAAGGAAGCACUUCAGUGGGCGAGCACACGCCGGCGCUGCCCGAUUCACUGUUGUCGCCCGCGUUCACCCCUCCCGCCACUCCCGGUGGGACGUUGAACUUGGACCUCAAUCCUACCAAAGUCCUGCACCAAAGCCAGACGGCCAGUAUCCGACACCAGAGCGAGCAUAGCAAGACCCCGAAACUACUCCCGCAGCUGCCGGAAGUAGAAUGUAUUGUCCGCGCCCGGAUCCCCACGACCAACGGCGCCGAGAUGUUCCUGCAUCUCUACCACAACGACCUGGAUGGUAAGGAGCACCUGGCCAUUGUCUUUGGAAACAAAAUCCGCAGCCGCAGUUUGGACAGUGUCCGACCGGGAGAGACCGAGAUGGACCGAAUGAUCCGAGGCGCAUACGUGGGGAAAUUGCAUCCGGGGAGAGUCAGCAGCUGGUAUGAUGACGAAAAGACCGGAUCGCACGAGGGCGGCUCAUCAUCAAAUCAGUAUGUUGAGCCGCCGCUGGUACGGAUCCAUUCAGAGUGUUAUACAGGGGAGACGGCAUGGUCGGCUCGCUGCGACUGCGGGGAGCAGUUGGACGAGGCUGCACGGUUGAUGUCUUUCCCUGUUGAGGAUCUGACUUCCGAUGCGCCGCCAGAGGCGCAGUCUUUACGGUCCCAGUCGGCAGGCGGCGUGAUCAUCUACCUGCGCCAGGAGGGUCGGGGAAUUGGCCUCGGGGAGAAACUGAAGGCAUAUAAUCUCCAGGAUUUGGGCUCCGACACCGUCGAGGCGAAUCUCUUGUUGCGGCAUCCUGCAGACGCGCGGAGCUACGGUCUGGCCACAGCCAUGUUGACGGAUCUGGGCUGUGGUGCCGAUGCCAUUCCACAAGGGAUUCGCCUGCUCACAAACAACCCGGACAAGGUGCGGGCCAUUGAGGGCCCUAACCGAGAAGUGCUGGUGAAGGAGAGAAUGCCGAUGGUUCCCUUGGCGUGGCGCACAGGUGGACAGAGAGGAAUCAAAAGCUCCGAGAUUGAAGGCUAUUUGAGGACCAAGAUUUCGAAAAUGGGCCAUAUGCUUCAAUAA